GGCAGCACUCGUCUGGAUUAAUGGCCACCAAACAUGUGGUUCCGUCGUCGGCUUUCUUCCUUCAUUUCUUCUCGACCGUCGUGAUUCUGAUAUUCAAGCCACUUCAGUGUCUAUCAUAUCGUAACAACGGUAGCACUCCUCGCAGUCCCCCGGCUAUUUUCGCUAUUGGGUCUAGCUUAAUCGACGUUGGCACCAACGGAAUCUUGAAUUCCUCUACGCCGGGCAACGGGCCGUUCAACGGGAUCGAUUGCGACCCUCCUGUGCCAACCGGCAGGUUAAGCAACUGCUAUGUUGUGGCCGACUUUGUGGCAAUGGCGCUGGGUUACGACGAAAGCCCCCCGCCGUUCCUCGCCGUCGUGAACUCGUCCAAGAGGUUCGAUCGGGUUAUAACGAGCCGGGGCGUUAGCUUCGGUUCCACGUUCUCUGGCAUUUUCAACUCCACCGGACAGAGCGGUCCACUUGUCCAAGCACGUGUGACGGUGGGGCAGCAGAUCGACCAGUUCGGGACGGUAGUCAGGCCCAGGCUGAUAGCUUUACUGGGCCGAGUAGCCGCCGACAAUUUCCUGGCCCAAUCCUUCUUCUUGCUGGCCACCGGGACCGUUGACAUAGCCGAGCAACGAACCAAUGCUCCUCCCAGCUCCGACCCCCGCUUCCUGCAAUUACUCAUAGCCCAAUACGUUGAUUAUAUUCGUACUCUGUAUGCACUUGGAGGUCGAGUGUUCGGGAUUGUGGCGCCACCGCUAGUGGGAUGCAGUCCUUUUUAUUACGAGACGGAUAACAGCGGCGGCGAGUGCGACGCCAGAGCCAACUCGCUGUCGCUCGGCUUCUACAACCUCCUUGCUUCGGCUCUGAGAGUGCUGCGCCUUACAUAUCCUGAUUUCCGGUACUCCAUCUGCAAUUCUCCCAACUUCUAUCUUGAUGUCACCGCGAAUGCACCCAGUUUCCCAGGAUGUGGUUUGACGGAGGUGAGAGCUGCAUGCUGUGGAAACGGGAGCACACCGUGCAGGCCGACUUCGACGCUGUGCGGGAAUCGGGACGAGUAUUUCUUUUGGAACCUCUACUUGCUCACGAGUGAGGGCUCAAGGCUGCAUGCUGCCGCUUGUUUUGGCCGAAACCCUAGAUACUGGACUCCUAUAAGCUUCACUGCCCUCCUGAAAGAUUAAACUCCUCUGACUCCCUGUGUAGUACUUAAUUAGACGUUGUCGAAUUCACAUUAAUGUAUAUUUUCGUUAUUGUCAUUGAGUACUUUUCAUGUUGCGUAUAAUUUCUACCAUCAUUAUCCUUAACUUUCUUCAUAAACACCAGAAAUAAAAAUGCCAGCAAAAGUACUAGAGUAAAGUGUGUGCUGGCCGUUGUUCUCGCUGGGUCAGGAUCAAAGUGGGUCAACCGACGGAUCAAAUCAUGGGUGGACAACCUUGAUGAGAAGCUUUGAAGGGCCCUAAGAAAACGUUAGGAAUGUAUUAAUUAUUAUAAAUGCAAAGGGCUUAUAUAUUUUGGGCCUCAUGCAGUCAUAAGCCUUAAUGCAUGCAUGGGUUAUGUCUUCCGGCCAGGUUUAUUGGAGUUGGUCUAACAAAAAAUCAAUUAUAUUAUGCUCAUGAAAAAAACAUUUGAGUUCCAAAGUUGAAACAUAUAAUUAGGGGUGGAUAUCAGUCCGGUCCGGACCGAAUCGGAUCAAAUUUAGACCAAUAGUGCAUUCAGUCCGCUUUGAUCCGGUCCAAAUGUAAAUUUGGUUCAUUUUUUUUUAGUAUUUAUAAAAUUCACGGGAUCAAGAAUUGGACCAUAUUAUAUUCGAUUCGGUGUGGUCCGAUCCAAACAUCGAUUCGAUCCGGUAUGGUUAGGUUUGGACCAACCCAUUGCCCACCCCUACAUAUAAUUGAGACUUGCCUAGAUGAGGAUAAAAGUGAUCACCCAAUUUGGAUGAUAUAAACACAUAAUAUGAAGUUACAGUAAUAAGAUUUUGUUGAUAAU